ACAAGCGUUUUGCCUUCCAUGACGAAUUGCGCCCAGCCUCUAACCCGCUAAUUACCAUAGACCGUUGACCUUACUCUUGGUCCAAGUUCUCAUCGUAAUCCGAUUAUGACCGUUUGGCGGCGGUGGUGGUACCUCUACAUCUUAUCUGGAUUCAUCAUCAAUAACGUAAUGUUAGAAUCGAAAUCGCGUGUGAAGCGGUAUUCAAUUGAAGGAUCAUACUGGGGAAAGAGCGUUAUAACGUACCGAUUAAAGCAACCCAGUCAACGGAUGAGUUUGAGCCAACAAAAAGCAGUAUUUGCAAGAGCAUUCGCGACAUGGGAAGAACACACUCGUCUCUGGUUUGUCGCCGUGGAUGAUGAAGAUGAGCAGAAAGCCAACAUUGAUAUCGUUUUCGCCGCCGGCGAUCAUGAAGACGGAGAGCCGUUCGAUGGGAAAGGAAACAUUCUAGCUCAUGCAUUUUUUCCCAGAUACGGAGGAGAUGUGCAUUUUGAUGAAGACGAACUAUGGAGCGCCAACAAAACAAAAGGUGUUGACUUAUAUGCAGUGGCAGUUCAUGAAAUAGGCCAUUCCCUGGGCUUGAAGCACUCUUCAAACCACUUAUCCAUUAUGGCUCCGUUCUACAAACAGUACACGGGAGCAGUUAUGCAUCUCCAUCAAGAUGACAUUUCUGCUGUAAAACGGUUAUACGGGGCACCAGUAAAAAUACGAAAAAAAGCGUCAGAACAUCACAUUUGGAGAUCUGAACUGUGUACUAAACCGUACCUUGAUGCAGUUACCACAUUGAAGAACGGAACAAUUUUGGCGUUCAGAGGUAAGAUGUUUUUUGAACUGAAGACAACACGAAAAUGGCUGUUGCCAAGGAAAAUAAAUCGCAUUUUUCCAUUUGAGGGUCCAUUAGAAGCAGCUACCACCGAUAGACAUGGGAAUGUAUAUUUUUUCAAAAAAGACACAUACUGGGUGAUGACGAAACACGGGGAUAUGAUGAACGGGUAUCCAAAGAAGAUUUCACAGGGACUCACAGACACUCCUGAUGGAAUCAAUGCAGCUUUAUAUUACCAUGAAGAUGGAAAACCAUAUUUUUUCAAAAAAUCUUAUUUCUGGCAAUAUUCUCGUUACGGAAAACACAAGUUAUGGCCGCGUGCAAUUGUGUCGAUUUUUGAAAAUCAGAAUUCACCUCCUGAAAUUGAUGCUGCAUUCCAGUUGAAUAAUACUUCGUCUUUUCUGUUUCAUCAAAAUAAAUAUUGGAAAGUUAGCGGAGAUCCGAUGCGGAUAGAAAAAGGAUUUCCAAGGUCUCUAUCAAGAGAUUGGUUUAAUUGUCUCUGA